AUGUCGACCAAGCAAGAGAAUGAGGAGCACUGGAGCUCGCAGGCAUAUCAGAAUUCAGCUAGUUUCGUGCCAAAGUUGGCGGGGAAAGUUAUUGGGUGGUUGGAUGUCCAGGAAGAUGAUAUGAUAUUGGAUGUUGGGUGUGGUGAUGGUAUCAUUAACGUGCAGCUCGCCCAGACCCUUGCGAAGGGCAAGGGGAAAAUACAUGGUGUCGACGCCUCACCUGCAAUGAUAGCAUCCGCACAAAAAGCUGCAGCUGCUGAUCCAGCCGCGAGUAAGACUUGCUCCUUCGAAGUGAUCGACGCCACCCAACUAUCCACUAACCCUUCACUCCAGCAAGAGAAGUACGAUAAAGUUUUCUCCAACGCAGCCAUGCAUUGGAUUCUACGUCAUGAGGACACGAGGAAGGAUUUCUUUAAGGGUGUGAGAGGUGCCUUGAAAGCUGGUGGGACGUUCGUAUUUGAGAUGGGCGGUAUGGGGAAUGUAGCUGAGAUGCGCACCGCACUCCUCAGUGUAAUUGGCCGUAAAAUCGGCUUUCCAAAAGCACGAGAAGUCGAUCCGUGGUUCUUUCCUGACGAAACCUGGAUGACGGAUAUGCUCGAACGGACAGUUGGUGGAUUCAAGGUCGAGAAGAUAGAGCGGGAGUAUAGACCUACGAAGGUGGAUCAGGGUGGGAUUGAGGGCUGGGUUAGGUUAAUGGGGAAGCAGUUUUUUGAUGCGGUUGAGGAGGGGCAGGAGAGGGAGGAGUGUGUGAAGGAGGUUUGUGAGGUGCUGGAGACUGUUUGUGCGAGUCUUGGGGGUGGAGAGUGGAUUGGGUAUGUGAGGUUGAGGGCACUUGUUAGGAAGGUUUGA